AUGAAGUGGAAGGUUACCCGGGUUCUGCGUCCCAAAGGGCACGGCGGAGUGGCUUCUAACCGAAACCGGCGGCCAACACAAACCCUAAAGCAUAUGCCAUUUGCAGAUGACUUCAUGUGUGCCAGGUUACCGACUGGAAAAUUCGGGGUGGAGCUGGUCAAGGGUGCAUUCCUAGGAUUCCGUAGACACGCCGUGAAUAGGUUCCUGAAAGCCUUGGCGUUGCAUGGCAACGAAGUGCAUGAAAGGUCACGAUUGGUACAAAGGGAUGACAAAUAUGCUCAUAACACGGAUUCAAUCCUGCAAAUAUACCUUGAAAGGAUGCCUCUCGACCAGUUGUUGGUGCUCUACCAGGUAAACCAUAAAUGCGCAACUGUAAACAGUGAGUUCAAGUAUUCAUUCAUAGAAGCCGUGUCGCAAAAACUGGUAAAUUAUAUGCGUGAUGUCACGUCUCAUGAAACCAUUGGCCACUAUCUCAAAAACCCGACGCACAGCGCCCGGACACGAUGCAAGAGACACAGCGCGGAAUUUUGCGAGUUUUUGAUUCAGACUAGGCAAAACCUGCUCAGAUCAAGGAAAGAAGUUUUUGAAGGCCCAAGCGACGGCAACUCUAAUGCUGAAGGCUUUGUGACAUUUAAGAGGAUGCAGAAUAACCCACCCAAUCAACUGGAUGCUGCUAACGGUGAUAAGGAUGAAACCAAGUGUGAGGUAACGAGCUCUCCAUCAUCACUCGGUGAAUACAACCCGGUGCAAAAUCGUAAAUGUAAUGACAGGUUGCGUACUGUGUCUACAGGUGGCGAAACCAGUGUAGGCGAAGUGGAGUCACCAGUUAAUACAGACUAUUGCACACCAGGAGAGCAUCAGUUACCAAACAAAAUGGCUGGGGAAGCAGUUUGUGCUGACAAUGGUCUUACUGUAUCGCAUCAAACUAGGACAGAGGACUGCUUUCUGUCCACGCAUGUCAUGGGAACUGUACUGGGGCAUAUGUUCGCAGUAAAAUUCUGGCACAGGGGAUUCCCAUUCCACACGUGGAUGAAUCAGUAUUUUGUUCAUAACGCGCACAUCUACCACCCUCUCUUCGCACGGCUCUACAUGACGCAUAUUGUCGCAUCAAUCGAGAGGAACACCAAUCCCGUGGAUCUGGAUGUAAUGUGCGAUGUUGUCAAGCAUGAUAUUACCAUGUACGGUAAGCAUAACGUUUCUAUGGAAGAAAUGUUUGCAAUACGCACGAAUGGAUGCCUGCACGAGGUCAAAUUCGGAAUGCCGGAAAUGAUAGAAAUGUUUUCCUCUGUUAAAAGGUUGGCACAGAAUGCCAAAGUCAGGGACGUGCACACGCUGGUAGUCAAGGCGUUGUCAGACCUUAUCGCAAAAUCGCACGUGGACGCCAAGGUUAUUAACACAAUCGCCAAUAUAUGUAAUCGCAAUGAUGGUGUGGGAGGUGUAGAGCCGCUCCUGUACGUUCUGGAGUCCAAGUUGAUGAAUAACCUUGAUAAUGUCACUUGCAUGGAUGUAUGCAGCCUGCUGCAGGCUCUGCAUAAACAUGACCUGCACAGCCAAGACGUGGUGGAUGCGAUGGCUGAUAAACUGGAUAUAGACAACGUCGAUGAACUCAGCAUGUCAACCAUUGCACUCUCAAUCCAGACUCUCGGCCGUAUGCAGGCGCAUUUUAAAAACAACAAUUUCCUGAAUAGAAUAGCGAAUAUGUUGGUGAACAACCCACAAAAGUUUUACGAAGCAUCCGAGUCAAACUGCUCGGGCAUACUUUGGGGAUUAUACAAACUUCAUUUCAAGCAUUCUAAGUUUCUGGAAAUGGCUGUACAGAGGUACUCUGCAAAGGAACUUGGCACGCCGAACGUUAACUCCUUGGUCAUUUCUUUGACUGCGCUAACACGGUUGGACAGCUUCACCCACCCCUCUGUGCUGGUAGAGAUAUACAAGCUGAUUCUCAGGAACAUAUCAAGCAUGACCAUUUCUACAUCGCAGCAGCUGGUUACCUGUGUCACUCGGAUGUUGGAGAACAUCACGCUCUGUUGCUCGGACCAAACGAGUUACAAAACAAUGAGGAGCAUCAGCAACAAGCUCAUCAAUGCGGCUAUGAAACACGUUUGUGAACGCCUGGUUGAUCAAAUUAACACCGCCCAGGCGGGUGCAAUGCUUAAUGCGCUAUACCGCUCAAAACUACGCGCACCGGACCUCAUUGCGCCACUCAUCGCGUCAAUUGCCGGGGCAUACAAAAAGGGCCAAGACUGGCAAUCAAGCUUGCAUACACCAAGGAAAAGUAUCUAUUCCUACGACUCAAUGCCAGACUGUCCAUUUGAUGUUGAGGCAUGCAACAGGAGAUUGGAAAAGGUGGAAAUCACGCAUCUUGUAGGCAUAUGUGAGGCGAUAUACGGUCUCGAUUAUUGGACUCCGUAUUCGCUUAAUUUAAUGAUGCAACUCCAAAAACACAUCCAGCCGCAACUGCACGACAUGAAGGCUACGCACAUUCUUGCGGCGAGCUUGUCGUUCUCCAGUUGGCCAUUUACGGAUAUCCAAAUGGAACCAACGAAACCCACCAGUGCAGCGCCUAAGAGAAGCCGCACAACGAAUAUGAUGCAGAGUGUUCGAGCUGUUGUAGAGCACGACUUGGAUAAGAUAAAGGAACGGUCGGAAACCUGGCUUGAAGCGAGCACGUUACGACAGCCACCGUCUGAAGAUGUUUUGAGCCAUUUCAGAAAAAUGCUGAUGAGGAGCCAGUUAAAGGAAGACUUUCUAUUGCGGUGCAUAGAGAGCCUGCACAGACACGGAAAUUUCUUAUGCGCAGCGUCUAUGCCGCUAAGGCGAUUGAAGAUCAUGUAUGAUAUGUUGAGAUACAACAUUUAUCUCGAUCAUUACGACACUGUCGCUGUGGAAUUGCCGAUGGCAACGAAUGACUUUGCUUCUUCCAAGUGUCCAUUUCUAAUCCUAGAACACAAUGCACCCGUCAAACCCGCCCACCUGCCUAUUGUCAUGCCUCAAAAUUUGAUUGAGUUCCUCGAGCAUCUGUACGGUAUAUCCAGAACUCAGUCCUUUCACAACUUCAUAUUCGAGGAGGGUAGUGAGCAAAGUGGUAGUCCUAGUGGUGUUGAGGAGGACGACGAAAUUCACACGGAAGUCCUUGAUGGUGUUGAAACCAUGUGCAACGGGAAAGAGGUGCCAAGAAUUCGACCUCUAUACUCGUCAACAAUAGACGAGGGGGGGUUGGAUCUGGAGUCAUCAUCUUACCACAACCACCAAGGAUCGGGGGCAAUCUUUCACUUUGGGGACAAUUACAUGUACGUCGACCCGGUGAUAGGCGGUUUCCGCACAACCAUUCUUCUGUUGAACACCAAGCGACAUUAUGUACCGCACUUGGUUCACGAUAUAUACAAGGUUUAG